CCAUGCCAGUAAUAGCUGUGAUGAUGCACAGCGUGCCUAUGCUUCCGAACUGUACUGGCUGGCUCAGUCUGGCUGCACGCGCGAUGCAUACAUUACCUCUGUAGCUAUGGUCAAGGAUAAUCGUGACAUGAUGCCCAAGAGCAGGAUGAGGAGAAAGGUGACGUUGCUGGCCUCGUCAACCAGUCAGACUCGAGAUGAAAGAGAGUCGAAGAGUCGAUUGUGUUUGCGCUAGACAAGUGGCCAAGCUGAUCUAUCCACGCUGAUUGGCUGCGAGCACGUCACGGCCUGUUUUCAGCCAGACUAUGACGUACGCUGUUGUGGCGCUCAUCAAAAUUCAUCAUCAUCGUCUUGGGUCAGCACUGCCAACACGUAUAUAGGCCAGCAGCAUAUCGCACUGGAAAACUUGCUCCUUGUGAAAUCUUUUCCCAUCUUCUCACAUAACCACAUACUGUGACCGCCGCCCUCCACAUUUCCAUCUAUCACACAAAAGCUCUAUAUAUAAGAGCUUACCCGGAUACCCUUUCGUCAACCAGCCAGUCCCGAUUUUCUGUUGUAUCCAAAAAUGGCAUUCCUAGAAGUCGCCGUGCUGCCACUGCGAGCCGUUCAGGCUAUUUUCUCUAUAAUCGUCCUUGGUCUCACAGCAUAUGUCGUCGACUCGUAUGCGUACUGGUGGAGUUGGGAUAGCGUCGACUUCAUGCUUUUCUGCUCCAUCUGGACUAUCCUUGCCGUCCUCUACCUCGUCCUCACCCCUUCACGUUUCCCGGCCGCUGCUCACAAGUAUGCCAUUCUUGGUGUAGAAGCACUUACAAUGAUCUUCUGGUUUGCGGCUUGGGUCGCUGUUGCCUCUCUUUGGGGGAAGAUUCGCUGCGGUAGCCAGGGUGGUGUUUGCGGUGCUGGCACUGCUGCUAUCGUCUUCUCGGCGUUCAUCUGGCUCGCAUUCGUUGCCACUACGGUUGUUGCGGCUCUGCAUGUUCGAAGAACUGCUAGGGCUGACACUUCGGCACCCCCACAGAUGCAGGGUGUUUAA